ACGCCGUCUGCCUCCGCUUUCCCACCAUUAACUUCACGAAACUGGGAAAAGAGGGAAAGCCCAAGGCAAAGCUAGAGAGAGAGGAUAGAGAGAGGGGGGGCCUCUCGUCUCUGUUAUCUCCUUUUAUUUGAUCAUCGAUUCGAGAUACGAAGCUCCUCCGCUAGGGUUUUGUGGACAUGGCGGAGCAGAAGAACAGGUGGAACUGGGAGGUGUCGGGGUUCGAGCCGAGGAAAGACGACGAUCGCAAGCCUUCUUCUUCUUCUUCUUCACCUCUUCUCAGGCGCUACUCGAUCUCUUCGUCCUCUGUUCUACCACAUUCCGAGCUCUCCAAGCACGCCAUGGCUUCUAAGCUCCAGAGAUUGGUAGAUAAAGUUAAACUUGCUAGAGAAGAUUACUUGGAGUUGAGACAAGAAGCAAGUGAUCUCCAGGAGUAUUCAAAUGCAAAGCUUGAUCGAGUUACGCGGUAUUUGGGUGUUCUUGCUGAUAAGACUCGUAAGUUAGAUCAGGCUGCCUUUGAAACUGAAGCUAGAAUUUCUCCACUGAUAAAUGAGAAGAAAAGGUUGUUCAAUGACUUACUGAUUGCCAAAGGAAACAUAAAGGUGUUUUGUCGUACAAGACCAAUAUUUGAGGAUGAAGGCCCUUCUGUUGUUGAAUUUCCCGAUGAUUGUACCAUUCGCAUCCCUACUGGUGUUGAUGAUGUUGCCAACCCAAAAAAGGAUUUUGAAUUUGACAGGGUUUAUGGGCCUCAUGUUGGACAAGCUGAACUUUUCAGUGAUGUUCAGCCCUUUGUGCAGUCAGCUUUGGAUGGAUAUAAUGUUUCUGUAUUUGCUUAUGGGCAAACCGAAUCAGGAAAGACGCACACUAUGGUAGGAUCUAGCCAUGAUCGUGGCUUAUAUGCCCGAAGUUUUGAGGAGCUAUUUGAUUUGUCCAACUCGGACACAACCUCUAUUUCUCGAUUUAAUUUUUCUGUUACAGUCUUCGAAAUCUACAAUGAGCAGAUAAGGGAUUUGCUUUCAGAAUCAAGGAACAUCCUACCGAAGAUCAGGAUGGGGUCACUGGAUUCAUUCAUAGAGCUGGCACAGGAAAAAGUUGAUAAUCCAUUGGAUUUCUCAAAAGUCUUGAAAGUGGCAUUUCAGAAUCGGGGAACUGAUUUAUUGAAGUUCAACUUCUCUCAUCUUUUUUAUCUUGGCUCUCCUCUUCUCAGGAUCGUCUCAAUUCAUAUAUACUAUAACAAUCUGAUCAGUGGAGAAAAUUUAUAUAGCAAACUUUCUUUAGUUGACCUGGCUGGAAGUGCAAAUUUGAAUCUGGAAGAUGAUGGUGGGGAGCGUGCUACGGACUUGCUGCAUGUCAUGAAAUCACUUUCAGCGUUGGGAGAUGUUUUAAGUUCGUUGACAUCCAAGAAGGACGCUGUUCCUUACGAAAAUUCAAUGCUAACAAAAGUACUUGUGGACUCACUAGGUGGAAGCUCGAAAACUUUGAUGAUUGUCAAUGUGUGUCCCAAUCUUUCAAAUUUGUCUGAGACAUUGUCAUCUCUCAAUUUUUCUGCCAGAGCACGGAAUGCUGUACUAAGCCUUGGAAAUAGAGAUACAAUUAAGAAAUGGAGAGAUGUUGCAAAUGAUGCACGCAAGGAUUUGUAUGAAAAAGAGAAGGAAGUUAAUGAUCUGAAGCAAGAGGUUUUGGCCCUAAAGCAAGCAUUGAAAGACGCAAAUGAUCAAUGUGUUCUACUUUUUAAUGAAGUUCAAAAAGCAUGGAAAGUUUCUUUUACGUUGCAGUCAGACUUAAAGUCAGAAAACAUUAUGCUUGCAGAGAAACAUAAGAUAGAAAAGGAUCAAAAUGCUCAGCUUAGAAACCAAGUUGCACAACUAUUACAGUCAGAGCAAGACCAAAAACUGCAGAUACAACAACACGAUUCAACAAUUCAAACUUUGCAGGCCAAACUUAAAAACAUUGAGUCACAACUAAAUGAGGCUCUUCAUGCUAGAGAGCUUGGCUUAGACUCGAAGGCUGUUGCUCAACCUAUAUUUAAAGCAGCAGGCGAUGGCAUGGAUUCUGUUACAGUUACCAAGAAACUCGAAGAAGAACUAUUAAAACGCGAUGCCCUCAUUGAGAGGCUGCAUGAAGAAAAUGAGAAAUUGUUUGAAAGGUUGACAGAGAAAGCAAAUUUGGUUGGAUCUCCCCAGGUGUCUAGUCCAUUGCCCAAAGGUCCUGCUAAUGUUCAGGCUCGGGACCUUGGGAGGAUUGAUAAUAAUAAUAAAGGACGUUCUGUUGAUGUUGCCCCUUCACCUUUGGCCCCAGAAAAGACUGAAGGCACCAUUGCUUUGGUUAAAUCAGGUAUUGAGAAGGUCAAGACAACCCCAGCAGGAGAAUAUCUAACUGCUGCUCUAAAUGAAUUUGAUCCUGAGCAAUAUGACAGUAUUGCUGCCAUUUCGGAUGGAGCAAACAAGCUUCUGAUGCUGGUUUUAGCAGCAGUGAUUAAAGCAGGUGCUUCAAGAGAGCAUGAAAUACUUGCUGAAAUAAGAGAUGCUGUUUUCUCUUUCAUCCGUAAGAUGGAGCCAAAGAGAGUAAUGGACACCAUGCUUGUUUCACGUGUGAGGAUUUUAUAUAUAAGAUCUUUGCUUGCUAGAUCACCAGAACUGCAAUCAAUCAAGGUCUCUCCUGUUGAGCGCUUUUUGGAGAAGGCUAAUACAGGGCGCAGCAGAAGCUCCAGCAGGGGUAGCAGCCCUGGAAGAUCUCCUGUACGAUACGACUCCAAUAGGAAUUAUCUGGUUGAUGAGCAGAUUCAAGGCUUUAAAGUAAAUAUAAAACCAGAAAAGAAAUCCAAGUUAUCUUCAGUUGUUUUGAAGAUACGUGGAAUUGAUCAGGAAACGUGGAGACAGCAUGUGACUGGCGGAAAACUUAGGGAAAUAACUGAGGAAGCCAAAACAUUUGCUGUUGGGAACAAAGCUCUUGCUGCUUUGUUUGUCCAUACUCCAGCCGGUGAGCUGCAGCGACAAAUCAGAUCUUGGCUUGCAGAGAACUUUGAGUUUCUUUCUGUCACGGGAGAUGAUGCUGUAGGAGGAACAACUGGUCAAUUAGAGCUUCUUUCAACUGCAAUAAUGGAUGGUUGGAUGGCUGGACUUGGUGCUGCCCUGCCUCCUGCUACUGAUGCUCUUGGCCAGCUUUUGUCUGAGUAUUCAAAGCGGGUCUACUCCUCUCAAUUGCAGCAUUUGAAGGAUAUUGCAGGUACCUUGGCAACUGAAGAGGCGGAGGACUCAGCACAAGUAGCUAAACUACGUUCGGCUCUUGAGUCUGUUGAUCACAAGAGAAGGAAGAUAUUGCAACAAAUGAGAAGUGAUGUGGCAUUACUGACAUUGGAAGAUGGUUCACCUGUUCGUAAUCCUUCUACUGCAGCUGAGGAUGCACGCUUAGCAUCUUUAAUUUCACUAGAUGGCAUAUUGAAGCAAGCCAAGGACGUAACACGACAAUCCUCUGUAAGCACAUUGGGGAGAAGUAAGAAGAAAGUAUUGCUUGCAUCUUUAGACGAACUUGCUGAACGGAUGCCUUCCCUACUUGAUAUUGACCAUCCAUGUGCCCAGAGGCACAUUGCAGAUGCUCGUCGUUUGGUAGAGUCAAUUCCUGAAGAGGAUGACCAUUUACAAGAGACAUCACAACCUCCCAAACUGUCAGAUUUGGGAUCUGGUGCUGAAACUGAUGUGGCACAGUGGAAUGUGCUGCAGUUCAACACAGGCUCUACCACCCCAUUCAUCAUAAAAUGUGGAGCAAACUCAAACUCUGAGCUUGUCAUCAAAGCCGAAGCUCGGGUUCAAGAACCUAAAGGUGGUGAGAUUGUGAGAGUUGUUCCAAGACCAACCAUUUUGGAAAAUAUGAGCUUGGAGGAAAUGAAACAGGUAUUCUCUCAACUCCCCGAGGCUCUAACCUUGCUUGCCCUUGCUAGGACAGCAGAUGGAACCCGAGCUCGGUAUUCUAGGCUGUACAGGACUUUGGCCAUGAAGGUUCCAGCUCUGAGGGACCUAGUUGGCGAGCUUGAAAAGGGGGGUGUACUGAAAGAUGUGAGACCAUAAGUGCACAAAGGCCGUCCUUGCUAGGACAGGUUUUUAUUUAUUGUAUUGUUGUCUUCUUGUCUUGUGUUUAUAGCAUUUUGGAGGCUGUGGAAGGUAAAUCCGGAUUGUGAUUUUAUUGUCUGGUUUCUUCGCCUUUCUACUUGCUGUACCCAGAAACUGUUUACAUUUGUUGUGUGCGGUAUGCAUACAUCUCCGUAAUGAUUGUUGCAAACAAUUGAAAUUUUGUGUUGUAAAAAUUAUACAUGAUUUAUUUUUGUGUAAUAUUUUGAACUCUAGCAUGAUUUCUUUGUUAAA